UCACGUAAUCGCAGUGUGACUGUAACAAAUCUCCUUUCUACUAACCCCAUCAUAGCUCACCACCUCGACGUCUCUUCAAUUCCGCCAAUCGCCGCCACUGCGUCACCGUAUCGAUUCCAUGACCCUUCCACCUCAGCUAAAGCCACCGUCACACCAAUAAACAUUUCUAGUAAAAUCACAAUAUCAUAUUCUAAUUUCACACAAACAGCUUAUUUAAUUUCCAUGUAUUCAGUUCGUAGAUCAAUGGCGGUCCUAGCGAACUCCUUGUCCUUAAAGCAUGGACUCUCUCUCUGGUGUCCUCACUCUUCUUCCCUCAAUCGACUUCAUCAACCUUCUUCAAUCUCAUCUAGAAGCUUCCAUGUUGCCGCAUCGUCCUCUUUCGCCAAUGACAACCGAGAGUUUGUGAUAGUAGGGGGUGGAAAUGCGGCCGGAUAUGCAGCUCGGACUUUUGUCGAACACGGGAUGGCCAAUGGAAAACUUUGUAUUGUGUCUAAAGAGGCUUAUGCACCUUAUGAGCGUCCUGCUUUGACAAAAGCUUAUUUGUUCCCUAAGGAUAAAAAGCCGGCACGUUUACCUGGUUUCCAUACUUGUGUUGGAUCUGGUGGGGAAAGGCAGACUCCUGAUUGGUACAAGGAGCAAGGGAUUGAGAUGGUGUAUGAGGAUCCUGUAACAGAUAUUGAUAUUGAAAAGCAAACUCUAACAACAAAUUCAGGCAAACUGCUUAAGUAUGGAUCUCUUAUUAUUGCCACAGGAUGUACGGCAUCAAGGUUUCCAGAGCAAAUUGGUGGAAACUUACCUGGUGUUCACUAUAUUCGGGAUGUUGCAGAUGCUAAUUCGCUGAUUUCAUCUCUGGAGAAAGCACGGAAAGUGGUGGUGGUUGGUGGUGGUUAUAUUGGCAUGGAGAUUGCUGCCGCAGCUGUGGGUUGGAAACUUGACACAACGAUUAUAUUUCCAGAGAAUCAUUUUUUGCAAAGACUGUUUACUCCUUCACUUGCCCAGAAAUAUGAAGAACUUUACCAGGAGAAUGGCGUCAAGUUCUUGAAAGGAAUCUCCAUAAAAAACUUAGAAGCUGGUUCUGAUGGACGUGUAGCAGCUGUUAAACUUGAAAAUGGAUCUAAGAUAGAAGCAGACACGAUUAUUAUUGGUAUUGGAGCACGACCUGCAAUCAGUCCUUUUAAUAAAAGGUUGGGCUUAAAUAAAGCUGUUGGUGGAAUACAGGUUGAUGGUCAGUUCAGAACAAGUUCACCUGGAAUUUUUGCCAUUGGAGAUGUAGCGGCCUUCCCUUUAAAGAUGUAUGACCGCAUUGCAAGGGUUGAACAUGUUGAUCAUGCUCGUCGAUCUGCUUAUCAUUGCGUUAAAGCAUUAUUGAGUGCACAAACUCACACAUACGAUUAUCUCCCUCACUUUUACUCAAGGGUCUUUGAAUAUGAAGGGAGCCCAAGGAAAGUAUGGUGGCAGUUUUUCGGUGACAAUGUUGGGGAGACUGUUGAAAUUGGGAAUUUUGAUCCUAAAGUUGCUACUUUCUGGAUAGACUCGGGUAAACUAAAAGGAGUUCUUCUUGAAAGCGGAAGUCCUGAGGAAUUUCAACUUCUUCCCAAACUGGCAAGAAGCCAGCCUCCGGUUGAUAAAGUGAAGCUUCAGAAGGCAUCUUCAGUUGAGGAGGCACUAGAAAUUGUCCAAAAGUCGUGUUGAAGCUGCAGCUUAGUUCUUCACAACUGCAGAUAUUAAAACUGCCAACAUCGCAUGAUUUUUCCUUCUUGCAUGUACAUCUUCAAUAAUGCCUUUUGAAGGAGGAUUACCCUCCACAAGAGUGGGGGAGAGAGAUUAUGGCAGUGUAUCUUAUGGCCGCUAUCUAUAAUUUUUGAAAUUACAUGCAUUUUAGCAUUCCUCCUUUGUAUUGCAGUCUGCCAUUUUUUAGUUUGAUUCGGGAAAUAUAUUCCCCCAAUAAUUGAAUUAUAACUUUUCCAAAGCUUCA